AAUUCUACCUCUCUGGCUUCAGGACUCCAGGCAUCACAGACAGGGAGGAAAUCCCAAGGGGUCAACCUGUCUUUGCCUUUGGGCAGGUUCUCCCCAGACCAGAAGAAGCUGUGAAGAGCAGAAAGAAUGGGGCAGCUUUCCUCUCUGAUCUCGGUGUGGAUGGUAGUCAUGGUAACCUCUUGGGUCAUCACAGCUGCAUCCACUGACACCCUGGAAGCAAGAAACUGCUCUGAAUGUCACAGCAAUGCCACCUGCAUGGAGGACGGGACUGUCACAACAUGCUCCUGCCAGGUGGGUUUCACUGGUAACGGCCUUGUGUGCGUGGACCUGGAUGAAUGUGUCAUCCCUGGGGCCCACAACUGCUCCGAGGACAGCAGCUGCGUGAACAUGCCGGGCUCCUACUUGUGCACCUGCCCUGACGGCUUCCGACUGACGCCCGGGCUGGGCUGCACCGACGUGGAUGAGUGCGCAGAGCCCGGGCUCAGCCACUGCCACGCCCUGGCCACCUGUGUCAAUAGCAAGGGCAAUUACUCGUGUGUCUGUCCUGAGGGCUAUCUGGGGGACGGGAAACACUGCGAGUGCUCCCCGGGCUCCUGUGGGCCAGGACUGGACUGCGUGCCCGGGGGCGACGCGCUGGUAUGCGCAGACCCAUGCCAAGAGUACCGCAUCCUAGAUGAGUACUGGCGCAGUGCCGAGCACGGGGCGGGUUACACCUGCGACAUGGGCCUAAGCGGCUGGUACCGCUUCGUGGGGUCGGGCGGUGUGCGCCUGGCGGAGACCUGCGUGCCGGUCCUGCACUGUAACACGGCCGCGCCCAUGUGGCUCAACGGCACGCACCCGUCCAGUGACGAGGGCAUAGUGAGCCGCACAGCCUGCGCGCACUGGAGUGGCCACUGCUGCCUGUGGGACGCGCCCGUCCAAGUGAAGGCCUGUGCUGGUGGCUACUAUGUCUACAACCUGGGCGCGCCCACCGAGUGCUAUCUGGCCUACUGCACAGACCCCAGCUCCGUGUUGGGGACAUGUGAGGAGUGCAGUAUAGACGAGGACUGCAAGUCGGAUGAUGGCACAUGGAGCUGCCAGUGCAAACAGGAUUUCAACAUCACUGAUCUCUCCCUCCUAGAGCGCAGACUGGAGUGUGGAGCCAAUGACAUCAAGGUGUCCCUGAGCAAGUGCCAGCUGAAAAGCCUGGGCUUUGAGAAGGUUUUCAUGUACCUGCGUGACAGCCAGUGCUCAGGCUUCCGUGAGAGGGGAGACCGGGACUGGAUAUCUGUGGUGACCCCAGCCAGGGGUGGCCCCUGUGGGACAGUGAUGAUGAGGAAUGAAACCCAUGCCACAUAUAGCAACACCCUCUACCUGGCAGAUGAGAUCAUCAUCCGUGACCGCAACAUCAAAAUCAACUUUGCGUGUUCCUACCCCCUGGACAUGAAAGUCAGCUUGAAGACCUCCAUGCAGCCAAUGGUCAGCGUCCUAAACAUCAGCGUGGGAGGGACAGGCAUGUUCACCGUGCGGAUGGCACUCUUCCAGAGCCCUGCCUACACACAGCCCUACGAAGGCUCCUCCGUGACCCUGGCCACAGAGGCCUUUCUCUAUGUGGGCACCAUGCUGGAUGGGGGUGACCUGUCCCGGUUUGCACUGCUGAUGACCAACUGCUACGCUACACCCAGCGGCAACGCCACAGAUCCCCUGAAGUACUUCAUCAUCCAGAACAGAUGUCCACGCACUAAGGACUCAACCAUCCAGGUGGUGGAGAACGGGGAGUCCCCUCAGGGCCGAUUUUCUGUUCAGAUGUUCCGUUUUGCCGGGAACUACGACCUGGUCUACCUGCACUGUGAAGUGUAUCUGUGUGACACCUUUACUGAAAAAUGCAAACCUACCUGCACCGGGACCAGAUUCCGAGGUGGGGGCAGCAUAGAUCAAACCCAUGUCCUGAACCUGGGUCCCAUCACACGGAAAAGUGUCCAAGCAGUAGUCUCGAGGGCUGCUUCCAGCAGCCUGGGGUUCCUGAAGGUCUGGCUGCCUCUGCUUCUGUGGGCCACAUUGACCCUGAUGUCUCAGUGACUGGCAGCUGGAAACCCUGUGCUCUGUGGCUUCAUUCCCUGCUGGCUGGGAAUGAUGCAGCUUAGUGCUCCAGCCACAGAAAAGGGAGCUCAUACUUCAGUCAACCUGCUCCUCUUUCCCCCGCUUUAAUCCUCACUGUCGCAAAAUAUCCUGUAUCUUUAAAUUCUGCCUUCUCUCAAAACGGGACUUGUGACGUGUCUGCACAUAAGGUCCCAUGUCUCCUUAAAGAAUGUGGCAAAAUAAUAAUAAUUUUAA